UCUUAGGAUGCUAUUUUGACCAACAUGAGGAACACUAUUGCUAACUGAAAAGACGAUUGUUGAUUUCAGGUUUUACUGCCAGACUUGUCCUUAUAUAUACCUUGUCAAGCAAACUUUGUCAAAAAAGGUCACGCUUGAAAGAAAGAAAGUUGAUGAUAUUCUUGGAGGAGCUGAAGCAUGGGAAAAUGCAGAUAAAACAGAAACUGUUUGUCCUCGAUGCAGCCACCCAGAAGCAUACUUCAAACAGAUUCAAAUUAGAAGUGCAGAUGAGCCUUCCACUCUGUUUUACAGAUGUGGUAACCAUUCCUGUGCUAACCAAUGGAAUGAAAAUUAAAAUAGCAGUCUAUUUUCAAUAAAAAAGAUU